AAACUGCAGCAGGAGCAACACCAAGCACUAGAAAGAAAGAAAGAAAGAAAGAAAGAAAGAAAGAAAGAAAGAAAGAAAGAAAGAAAGAAAGAAGGUUCCACCAAAGAUGAUGAGCAUUACGGAUGAAGAAUUGAGCGCCCUCGAGAUCUCUGAAGAUAAUGCAGACGCCAUAAUCUGCCGACGGUGCACAGUUGUGACUCCAGGGAAGCGAUGCUAUCCUUCAGGAACAUUCUGUAAAGUUGAGAAUGGGGUCUGCUUAGUUAAGAAACAAUAUUCAGAUGCCAUAAAAUGUCGAGAGUGCAUUGCUGCGAAUCCAGAUGAGUCAUGUGAACCUGCUGAUGGAGUGUGUGAGGCUGAAGGUGAAUUUACAGGCUGUAUGGCCUACAAAGAGUUUUUAGGGGAUACUCUGGAAAAAAAUUAUUUGCACUGUUAUGAUAUCCACAAUAGCACCAUGUGUAAAAUCAUUUGGCAACCGGACCCUGGACACCGCUUUGAAUACCACUGUUGUACUGAUGGAGACUUCUGCAAUGAUAAUCUGUAGUUUACUUAAGAGCGUGGGGGUAGACAGACAAAAUAUUGAGU